AUGCCGACCGGAAACCAAGGAGGCAAGAAAAAACCUCUGAAGCAGCCGAAGAAGACGAGCUGUGAAGACGAGACUGACAUGGAGUUCAAGAAGAAGCAGAGCCAGCAGGCGAGAGAAGAGGAGGCUGCGCGGAAGGCUCUGCUUGCAAAGAGUGCGGCGAAGAAGAAAUAA